GGGUGGCAAACCCUCACCUCCUCUCUGUCCCUGUGUUCCCUCAGCCGUGUCCCCAGACCUCUGUCCCAAGCCCAGGGAGGCCGAGGCCAGGCCUGAGGGCAGAGCUGUGGGGACCUUCCCAGAGCCCUCACAGAGAGCUCGGCCCACAGAGCCCCACGAGAAGCCAGGAAUGAACCUGAACGCUUUGUUCCAGCAAAUUCAGUUCACGGAGAAGCAGGCGAGGGAGAAGAGGAGCUUCAUCCAACAAGCUAAAUGCGACAUAAAUAGAAGUUAUGAAAAAAUUAACCAAAUAAAAGAAGAGCUGAGUGCUGCAAAAAUUAACUUAGAAACCAAGGUUCAGCAUCUGUCUGUAAAGCAGUUAAAUGUAGAAAUUCUGAAGAAACAUGAAGACAGCUUAGAAAAACAAAAAGCUGAACUUAUUAAUCAAAGAACCAGUCUUCUUAAAAUCAUGGCAGACGCAAAGAGAAAAAUUUCUGAAGAGGAAGAUAAUUUUACCAGAGAAAUAACAGAGUUCAACAAUGAAUAUGGACUAACAAGUAAUAGAGAGCUUCAUAUUAAAAAGAAAGUCAAGACUGAAAUAAAUGACUUGGAGAAUGAGGCAGCUCUGUUGAAAAAUGAAAUGGAGUCAAUGGAACAUAAAAAUGUUCAGUUAAAUGCACUUCAGCUGCAGAAGAAUGAAUUAAAGCAGGAUUUAUUUACUCUCCAAAGUGAGCUUAAAGACCUGGAGAAAGUAAUCAGAGAAGCAGAAAGAGUGACGAAAGAUUUAGAAGCAGAAAAAAUCCAAGUCACUGAAAAACCUCAAACUGAUCCUGAAUGUUUAAGACUUAAGAAAGAGUUGGAAAAAUGCAAAGAUGAUAGUUGGGAAAGUGUCUGUGAGACUCUUCAAACAGAAAUUGAAAUUCUGCAAAUGAAUUUAUCACAAAAGAAGUCUUCAGGGAAAUGAAUAAUAUGCGGCAUAUAAUAUGGAGUGUCAUAGAAUCAAGUCUGAGAAUUUUAAAAUUGUUUUACUCCAGUUCUAUCAGAUUUGCUUCUAUUUUCUGUUUGAUGAAUUUGCACUUUGUAUCUGCCUUUACUUUUCAUUAAAA